GAUGGGAAAUUAUUUUCCAUACCAAACAAGCUCCAGUCAGUAGAGUCUUGGUAGUAUUCGUACUUUCGUUUCGUGAAUAGUAAAUAGUUAAGUUAAAGCAAAAUCCAAGAGUCAAGAAGAAAACCCCCCCACUCGAAUUUCAACUGUGUGUAUGCAGAGAAGAAAAGGAUGCUGCGAGCUCCGACUCCAACCAGUCAUUCGAAUCAAGCCACACCAGAAAUGGAGCAGCCGCCGCCGCCGCCGCCCCAGUUGAGGUCUUCUUCUUCUUCCUCAGUUUUCAGAAGCCACCACCAUCACUUUCAUCCUUCCCGACCCGCCAUCCUUGAUCUCUUCAACCUCUACUUAGGACUGAAAAAUUCUGGGCAAAAAUCAGAUGAUUCUAUUAGAGAACCUCCAGAUAUACAGGAACAAGACACAGAAGCGAGUAACUGCUCUUAACAGAGAGCUUCCUCCACGAAAUGAGCAAUUUGUCUUAGAUUUUGGACAGCUGCAGAGCCAAUUUGCUGACCAGGAACAACUGCGUGCAGUGGCAGAAUCUGUUCUUAUUUCUCUGGUUAUUCAGUGCAGCAGUCACGCACCUCAUGCAGAAUUUCUUCUCUUCGCCAUAUGCAGUUUGUCUAGUAUAGGAUACAUAAACUGGGAUACCUUCUUGCCUUCUCUUCUUUCCUCAGUUUCAUCUACGGAGAUAUCCGCAAGUCAGGGCAAUCAGCCAUCUGGUGCAGUCUCUUCUGCUAAUUUAACACAGUCUGGAUUGCUGCCAUCUUCCACCGCAGUAGCGAGUACCUCUAAUUUUCAUUCAUCAAAUCCUGCAUCUCCUUUGCCCACUGUCCAUGAUGUUGGGUCCCCUGUUCAGUCAGCAGCUGAACCAUCAUCUUCUGCUGCUUUGUCUCCCAUGAAGUCUUCUGAUGUUAAUGGCACUAGCCAACAGUCCAUUGCAAAAGUGAAUUUGUUGACAAGGGAUAGUGCUGCAAGCAGUCUGCGACAGACAUGUUGCAAAAUUAUUUUAACUGGUCUAGAUUCUAGUCUUAAGCCGGGAACACAUGCCGAAGUUUUCCACCAUAUGUUGAACUGGUUGAUUUAUUGGGACCAAAAGUUACAUGGUGUUGAUGAAUUUGAUAGUGCGAAAUAUUGGAAACCAGAUAAGGCCCUAAUUGAGUGGCUACACAGCUGUUUAGAUGUUAUUUGGUUGCUUGUAGAGAAUGAUAAAUGCCGCAUACCGUUUUAUGAACUUCUCCGGAGUGGGUUGCAGUUUUUAGAAAACAUCCCAGAUGACGAAGCUCUGUUCACACUUAUUUUGGAGAUCCAUCGGAGGCGAGAUAUGAUGGCUAUGCAUAUGCAAAUGUUGGAUCAACACCUUCACUGCCCUACAUUUGGGACCCCUCGACUUCUGCCUCAAGCCACUGCAAAUUCGUCCGGUGAAGCAGUUACUAAUAUGAGAUAUUCACCAAUUACAUAUCCUAGUGUGCUUGGGGAACCAUUGCAUGGAGAGGAUCUUGCAGCAUCCAUUCAAAAAGGGAGUCUGGAUUGGGAGCGAGCUUUGCGUAUUCUAAAGCAUGCUCUUCGUAACACUCCAUCACCAGACUGGUGGAGGCGUGUGCUUCUCGUGGCUCCCUGUCACAGGCUUCAUGCCCAGGCUCCAACUCCGGGUGCCGUUUUUACGUCGGAAAUGGUUUGCGAAGCAGCGAUUGAAAGAAUUGUUGAAUUAUUGAAGUUGACUAAUUCAGAAAUCAAUUGCUGGCAGGAGUGGCUUAUCUUCUCAGAUAUAUUCUUUUUUCUCGUGAAAAGUGGAUGCGUUGAUUUUGUGGAGUUUGUGGACAAGUUAGUAUUGCGACUUCAAGAGGGUGAUCAACAAAUACUUAGGACGAACCAUGUUACGUGGUUACUUGCACAAAUUAUUCGGGUUGAACUAGUGAUGAAUGCUUUAAAUACAGACUCAAGAAAGGUGGAGACAACCAGAAAAAUUCUUUCGUUCCAUAAAGAGGAGAAAAGCUCUGAUCCAAAUAAUCCUCAAAGUAUCCUACUUGAUUUCAUUAGCAGUUGUCAGAACUUGCGCAUUUGGACACUAAAUACAGCAACAAGAGAAUACUUGAAUAACGAGCAGCUACAAAAGGGAAAGCAAAUUGAUGAAUGGUGGAGACAGGUUAACAAAGGAGAACGCAUAAUGGAUUAUAUGAAUUUGGAUGAUAGAUCAAUUGGGAUGUUUUGGGUUGUGUCCUACACAAUGGCCCAGCCUGCUUGUGAAACUGUGAUGCACUGGUUAACCUCCGCUGGGGUUACUGAGCUUUUACCUGGACCAAAUUUGCAGUCUAACGAGAGGUUAAUGGUGAUGCGUGAAGUUAGCCCGCUGCCAAUAUCAUUGUUAUCAGGAUUUUCCACAAAUUUGUGCUUGAAACUGGCUUUUCAGAUGGAAGAAUCAAUGUUUUCUGGACAGGCUGUGCCUAGCAUUGCUGUGGUUGAAACAUACUGUAGGUUGAUGCUCAUUUCUCCCCAUUCGUUGUUUCGCUCACUCUUAACUCAUCUGACAUCGAGGAAUCCCACCACAUUGACCAAGCCUGGAAACACGAUCUUGGUGUUUGAAAUUCUUAACUAUCGUUUCCUUUCACUCUACAGGUAUCAAGGCAAGAGCAAGACCUUGAUGUAUGAUGUCACCAAAAUGAUUUCUACACUGAAGGGGAAACGUGGAGAUCAUCGCAUUUUCCGAUUGGCUGAGAAUUUAUGUAUGAAUCUGAUUUUGUCGUUGAGAGAUUUUUUCUAUGUGAAGAGGGAAGGGAAGGGUCCAACUGAGUUUACUGAGACUUUAAAUAGAAUAACAAUUGUUACUCUUGCAAUCAUAAUCAAAACUCGUGGAAUCGGGGAGUUUGAUCAGUUACUGUAUCUUCAGACAAUGCUAGAACAGAUUCUAGCAACUAGCCAGCAUACCUGGUCUGAGAAAACUUUGCACUACUUUCCUUCAAUUUUACGCGAUGCUUUGAGUGGGCGAAUGGAUAAAAGGGGCUUGGCAAUCCAAGCAUGGCAGCAGGCAGAAACAACUGUUAUCAAUCAAUGCACACAGCUUCUUUCUCCAUCGGCUGAUCCCACAUAUGUUAUGACUUAUAUUAACCACAGUUUUCCUCAACACCGCCAGUAUCUUUGUGCUGGUGCGUGGAUACUAAUGCAUGGACAUCCGGAGAAUAUUAACUGCAUAAACCUUGGACGUGUCUUGAGGGAGUUUUCUCCUGAAGAGGUGACUGCAAAUAUUUAUACAAUGGUAGAUGUUUUGCUUCAUCAUAUUCACUUGGAACUACAGCGUGGACAUCCCUUGCAGGAUCUUAUGCUAAAAGCAUGUGGAAACCUUUCAAUUUUCAUCUGGACCCAUGAGCUUUUGCCUCCAGAUAUCUUGCUACUUGCACUUAUUGACCGCGAUGAUAAUCCACAUGCUUUGCGCAUUGUAAUUAACUUACUUGACAGUAAGGAGCUCCAACAAAGAGUAAAACUUUAUCUCAUAAAUCGUGGCCCACCUGAACAUUGGCUUUCUUCUGGACCUUUCAAGCGUGUGGAACUGCAGAAAGCUCUUGGAAACUAUCUGUCAUGGAAGGAAAGGUAUCCAACAUUUUUUGAUGAUAUUGCUGCACGCCUGCUUCCGAUCAUCCCCCUAAUCAUAUAUAGACUUAUUGAAAAUGACGCUAUGGAUGCAGCUGAUAGAGCUCUCCAAGUUUAUUCGACCUUCCUUCAUUACUAUCCUCUGAACUUUACGUUUGUUCGUGAUAUACUGGCUUAUUUCUAUGGUCAUCUUCCUGGAAAGCUAAUACUCCGCAUAUUAAAUAUCUUGGAUAUUAAAAAGAUUCCAUUUUCUGAGUCAUUCCCGCAACAUAUCAACUCAUCAAAUGCAGCCAUGUGUCCACCAUUGGACUACUUUGCUACUCUUUUAUUAGGACUGGUGAAUCAUGUUAUUCCUGCUUUAAAUAAUAGCUCCAAAUGUGCAGCAAUGGGAGAUAUUGCAAAUAAUUCUACGCGUGCUCCCCAUGGCAAGAUCCAAGCCACGUCACAACCUGGGCCAACUAAUUCUUCUGAAGUGCAGAAACCAUAUUAUCAGAUGCAAGACCCUGGGACUUUCACCCAGCUGACUCUUGAAACAGCUGUAAUAGAAUUACUUUCUCUGCCUGUUUGUCCUUCGCAGAUUGUCUCAGCUCUUGUUCAAAUUGUUGUUCACAUACAACCAACCCUUGUCCAAUCCAGCAAUGGGCUACAUGGAGCUCCUGGUAGUUCUGGACAAGGCUCUAUCUUGCCUACUUCUCCUUCAGGGGGAAGUUCUGAUUCUUUGGGUGCAACUAGGACGACUCCAUCGGUUUCAGGAAUGAAUACUUCUAAUUUUGUUUCACGUAGUGGUUAUACUUGCCAACAGCUGUCUUGCUUGUUGAUCCAAGCUUGUGGUCUUCUUUUGGCACAACUUCCUCCGGAGUUUCAUGUACAGCUAUAUGUUGAAGCUGCACGCAUAAUCAAAGAAAGUUGGUGGCUUACUGAUGCAAAAAGAUCAGUGGGUGAACUAGAAUCUGCUGUUAGCUAUGCUCUACUAGACCCCACCUGGGCUGCACAGGACAAUACCUCAACAGCCAUUGGUAAUGUUGUUGCACUGCUACAUGCUUUCUUCUGUAAUCUACCCCAAGAAUGGCUUGAGGGAACUCAUCUUAUCAUUAAGCACCUUAGGCCUGUGACAUCUGUUGCGGUAUUAAGAAUAGCAUUUCGUAUUAUGGGUCCUUUGCUUCCGAGGUUGGCCAAUGCUCAGACCCUUUUCAGUAAGACACUAUCGCUACUUUUGAAUAUUUUGGUGGAUGUCUUUGGGAGGAACUCACAGCUAUCAGCACCUAUUGAAGCAACUGAAAUCACUGAUCUUAUUGACUUCCUGCAUCAUGUAAUUCAUUACGAGGGGCAGGGAGGGCCAGUGCAAGCGUCUAGCAAACCUAGAUCUGAAAUUUUGGCUCUUUUUGGACGAGCAACAGAAAAUUUGCGUCCAGAUGUUCAACAUCUUCUUUCCCACCUCAGCAGUGAUGCAAAUAGUUCUAUUUAUGCUGCAACUCACCCAAAAAUUGUCCAAACUCCUUAAUUAUUGUUGUAUCAUGCUAGCUUCUUUAUCAAGUGCUCCUUUAUGUACAUCUUAAAAAGAAGAGUAUUUGAUUCCAGGAAUUUAAUGCAACUAUUUGAUGGCAUUAAGAUGCUUUUGCAGCUGUAUCUCUAUCACCACUGAUAUAGAUAAAUAUAGAACUGUGUGCCAAAUAUUUGUUUAGGAGCACAAAGCUACUGAAAUGCCACCCCUCCAAUAAGAAGGGAAGGUGUAUAUGAAGACUUUUACAAUUUUGUACUGAUUAUUUAGGCUUAGGUGGUUGAAGCGUUGCUUUAACUUUUCAAUUGAUAUGCAAAUUCCGGUACUAAUUCAAAGGAUUUUGUUAGACCAUCCAUUUUAA